UGCAGAACCUCUUCUCUCGAUUCUCUCCUCUCUCCUCUCUUCCUUACCAGGCAAGAACGCUCAAAACCUUUCUUUGGAAUUUGUACGGUCCGAAAUUAUAUUUUUUUAAUCCAAGAAGACAAUAUCAGGAAAAAAAAACUAAGAAGAUGAGAGGUUCGUCGGAGACGAAAUUAUUGCAGGAACUGGUGUUGUACGCGGCAAGUGCGGCGUUUAGCUGCUUGGUUCUGUUCGCGGGGCUCCGACACCUCGACCCCAAUCGGGAGGCCUCCAAGAAAGCCCUCGAGCAGAAGAAGGAAAUCGCCAAGCGCCUCGGGCGUCCUCUCAUUCAGACUAAUCCCUAUGAGGAUGUGAUAGCUUCUGAUGUUAUAAAUCCUGAUCACAUUGAUGUGGAAUUUGAAACUAUUGGAGGAUUGGAAACCAUCAAACAAGCUUUGUAUGAACUGGUUAUUCUUCCACUUCGGAGGCCCGAGCUGUUUUCACAUGGGAAGCUUCUCGGUCCCCAAAAAGGGGUCUUGUUAUAUGGCCCCCCUGGUACUGGAAAGACUAUGCUUGCAAAAGCAAUUGCAAAAGAGUCUGGAGCUAUUUUUAUUAAUGUGAGGAUAUCCAAUUUGAUGAGCAAGUGGUUUGGUGAUGCACAAAAACUUGUGGCUGCUGUAUUUACCCUGGCUUAUAAACUCCAACCUGCUAUUAUAUUUAUUGAUGAGGUUGAUAGUUUUUUGGGUCAGCGUCGUACUACAGAUCACGAAGCAUUAACAAACAUGAAGACUGAGUUUAUGGCUUUAUGGGAUGGGUUUACCACAGAUCAGAAUGCGAGGGUUAUGGUUCUUUCCGCAACUAAUCGUCCGUCGGAACUUGAUGAAGCGAUCCUUCGUCGUCUUCCUCAAUCCUUUGAGAUUGGGAUGCCUGACCAGCGAGAGAGGGGCAAGAUACUGAAAGUCAUUCUGAAGGGCGAGAAGGUUGAAGAAACCAUUGACUUUGAUUACGUAUCCAGCAUGUGUGAAGGCUACACAGGUUCAGAUCUUUUGGAACUAUGUAAGAAAGCAGCCUACUUCCCAAUCAGGGACCUACUAGAUGAGGAGAAGAAAGGCAAAAAAUCUUCUGAACCAAGGCCAAUGUUGCAGUCAGAUUUAGAGAGAGUUCUUUUGACCUCGAGAAAGACCAGGGUGGCCGCCAGCGAGUACAGUAGGUUAAACUCACAAUUGCCAAGAUCUAGAGAUACAGAUGAUUAUCAGGUUCAAUCUACAAUUAAUGAGCUAUCUAGGCUUGUGGUUUCCCAAAUAUUAAAUAUUCAAUCGGAUGCCCAGGGCCAGGAUCCUUGAAAUCUUGUCUUUGCCCACAUUUUCCAGAAACAUUAUUGUCUUGGUAUAAUCAUGACAUGAGAAAUUAGAUUUCUUAGUUAUGGAGUGUUUUUACCUUUUGUUCUGUGGAGUUAAAAGUGUCCUAAGCGGAUUGUUGCACUUUGGUUUUGACAUGCCACUCUACUACAUAUUCAAAUAUAUCUUUGAGGACAUCACAUUUUGAUUUGACAUUAA